AUGGAGGAAUUCCAUGUGAAGAUUUUACACGUCCUGAUAAUGUUCGGACUCCUAGCGGCCAAUGUCGUAAAUGGUGGCGCCUUACAAAGUAAACUAAAAAAGGGUAACAGGCAAGAUAUCUCAGGGAACCGAAAAACUGUUUACGAUGGCAAUGCGGACGAAUGCUAUAGAAAAAACUUUGCAGGAAAUUUACCGCCAGUAGGUUUGCGAGAUCCAAUGAGUUUCAAAAUAAGAUACAUCUGUCAAAAAGAUAACCGGUACGAUGGAACCCACUAUGGAACAAUGUUCGACAAGCAAUUUGGAAUUCCGGUAUACUCGGCUUACACUCUCACGGAAGAUAAGGUAAACUUUAAAGAAUGGCCACGCCCAGAAUGGAGACAAACCCAAGGCAUUGAGGAACAAGGAAGCGACGAGAUCUAUCCCAGCCUACCAUUUCACCGAGGGCACUUGGCACCCGCACGUACUUUAUCAGAUACGGGCCAUAGCGGUGCCGGCUUUCGAUCCACUUUCGUCUACACAAAUGCGGUGCCACAGCGACCAACUUUUAACAGUGGUCAGUGGUCUAAGUAUGAGAGAUUGAUACGCGACUAUGCAGUAAAUCGUUGUACUAAGGGUGAUGGAACUUUAUAUCUCUUAACUGGAAGUUCAUUUAUGCAUUGGAUUCCAAAGACAGACUAUUUUAAGGUCAAAAAUCCAAGAAAAGCACUUAAACUGGCUAAUGAAGAUCUUCCUCAAAUCCCUGCCAUAACAGUCCCCAGUUCUCUGUGGACUGCUGGCUGCUGUGUCAAAGGUGGUGAAGCUGUGGGGAAUUUUGCGGUAUUUGGAAACAACGCAGAAAAUCCAAGUAAGCUAUACACUGGUCCGAUGUCCAUGGAUACUUUGCAACGGGCAUUAACAACAGAUAAAGCGAGGGGCGAAACAGAGGAUGAAGUCAACUUGUUUCCAGCAUUCCCGGGAUGCAUGGAUGAUGCCAACGAGGUUAAACUGGAGGGACAGAAACGAAGAAGAGAGGAAUAA